UUUUUAAUCUGUGUAUGUGUAACUUUCUGAUAUUUUUUUUCCACCAAUUUAACUAUAAACUUUAAAUACACUAUAAUUUCAUCAUCGUUUUAAACAAAGGUAAAUGAAUCAUGAAUAAUGCACCCCAAUUUUCGUUACGGUGGAAUAACUAUGUUAGCCACGUUACAGAAGCUUUUAAUAUACUAAGAUUUGAAAAUGAUUUGGUGGACGUUACCUUAUGUUGUGAUGGUGGAAAAAUAAAAGCACACAAAAUGCUUUUAUCAGCCUGUAGUAAUUAUUUUAAACAGAUAUUUAAAGAAAACCCAUGUCAGCAUCCUGUGAUUAUAUUUAGGAACUUCAAAUAUGAAGAUCUUAACGCAAUUAUAAAUUUUAUGUACCAUGGUGAAGUCAAUAUAUUUCAAGAGCAAUUAGAAUCAUUUCUUAUUACUGCUGAACUUUUGGAAGUUAAAGGACUGACUGAUAAUUUAGAAGAUGAAUCCUAUAAAAACCAGAUAAGAAUAAAUGACAGUGUUUCAUUAGAUUUGACUUCAAAAUCCAAACCAGAAUCCAUAGUACAAAAUACUUCAGAAGAACCUAUAAAUUUGGCUACGUUGCAACCUACCAGGGAAGACAAUUUGCCUAUGAAUGCUCCAUUUGUUGUAGUGGAACACGAUAAUAUGAUUGAUUUACAACUGGACUCAAAUAAAGAUAGCAAUACAUCACAAUCAAAGCCUUCUGGAUCAUCUGAUGAAAUGCAUGUUGAUAAUCAAUCUAACUCGGCUGAGGAUUUGCAAGAAAAAACUACUUCAGAAACAGAUUUAGCCAAGUUCCGCUGUCAACUAUGUCCCAAAGGUUUUAAACAUCCAACAUCUUUAACACUCCACAAAGAUUCACAUGCUGGUAAAACACAAUGCCCUGUAUGCCGUCGGUCAUUUUCUAGGUCUUAUGACAUGAGGAGCCACCUUCAAAGAAUUCAUCAAGGAAAGCAGCUUACUAUAAAGGAGAUAAGAUACAAAAAUUCUAAUGAUAGUGUUGCAGCCAAACAGUUUACGCAUAAUAUUUAGUAUAUGGGAAAACUCUUUGCACAUGGUGCAGUUGCCUAUUAUAGCAGUAAGCCUAUAUUAUUAUGGAAAAAAAAUACAUUAUUGUAUAUUAUUUACAUUUGAUAAGUCACAAAGAAAUUGCUCAGAGUUUAAGCUUUGGCUAUUUUUAUACUAGUCUAUAAUAUUGUUUAAAUAUAUCUGUU